AUGGGCCUCAUAUCAACCCUAUCCCGCCACAUGCGCAACAAAAGACUCUCCCGUCGCCUCUCAUCCCAAUCAAGUAAACUCCAAGACGACGACUCAAAUGACCUGAUAAAACCAUACUCAGAAACAGCCUCACUACGCGCCGAAAGCGUAGCAUCCACAUCAACAAUGGUCCACCAUUCCCUCCAUGAACCAGUCCUGCCGUCAGAAUCCCCAGCAAAUAGGAUGACAAUCCGGACGGAUAACCUCAAUAUGCGCACCUUAUUCGAUACUUCAUCUCAUACAACGCCCAUCUCGCCUACGUCUAUCUCACCAAUGGAUAAUCGUCCCGUGAGGGCACUGUCAAGGCCUGAAUACCCAGUUCUUAAAUUGGAUAUGUGUCAAGCACCAUUUGAGCCGCGCAAAUUGGCGGAGCCAUUGGAGACAGGCCCGAGGAGGGCACAUGAUACUAGGAAGAUUGGAAAGAGUCGUGGUAGGGAGUGUUCGUCUGAGUCCUCGACGGAUGCUGAGAAGGACGUAGAUGUUGUUUCGCCGGGGAAAAGUGGGAAUGUCAAUGUCAAAGAGAAGAAGAGGAGGUCUAUGAAGGGUUUACUCAAGAAGCAUUGUGGAUUGGAUAUUCCGCGCUCGUCGCUUUCGCUUAAGACGAGGAAGAGUCCUGCGUCGGCUUCGACUAGGUGGUUGGAUUCGGCUGGGGCUGGGGAGGAUGGCGAUGAGGGGUUUGUUGAUGUUAAAGAUGAGAAGUGGUUGGAGGCUCAUUUGGGGUUGAGGGGGAGGAGGAGGAAUGCCAUUUGGGGUGGGAGUGCGUUGGGCAGGCCAUUGUGA